CUCUACGCGCUGUCCCGCUCCGCCGCCGCGAGCCCUCAGCGUCUGGAUCUAUGUUGUAGGUAGUUGGGCUAGAUGCCACACACCAUUAGCCGGCAGGUUUCAAAGAUUGAACGUUUGAUUUCACAUCUUUUGCCGUUGUUAUUUUUCUUCUUCCCGGGGCUUCUUUUUUUCUCUGCUGCUUGGAUACCGCUGACUUAGGCAUUGGACAUGUGCACACAGGAUGAUGACAACCCCUUUCCUCCCCGUAGAAGUAAAAUAAAAUAGGCUUUCGCACACACUGGAUUUACUCCUGUCGUUCCAUAUGAAGAAGCCAAAAAUUUGGAUACGCGUCUGUGUCCAUUUACUGCUGUUCAUCACGCUUGGGGUACAUUCAAGUAAAUUUGACGUCAACCCAGUGACAGAUGACAUCUCUAGACUCUCUAUUUUGAGACAAAAUAUUCCUAAAGAUUACAAAAUUCCUGUACACUACGUUCCAAAAGAAGAGGGAGGGAUGUGCUGGGUAAAAUUGAACGUCUUCUAUUUGGAGGAGAGUUUACAAGAUUUAGCGCAUAAGUUUGGAAAUAUUUCAUCCAACAGAAGAGAUAUUAGCAUAUUCAUCCAAAUGCUCCAAGAACUGCGGCUCAACAUGGGCUCUGUGGAGCCAAUCAUGUAUGACUUUGAGUGCCACUACAGGGAAGAGAGGUGGCAGACAGCCAGAUACUUUGACUUUGUCAAAGACUUCCUUAUAGCUGCACAGAAUAAAGAAGAUUCAGAUGAUUGUGACCCUCCUCCCUGCCCCACCACACCACAUCCAGUAACAACAGAAAAAUAUUUAGAAGAAUCACCACCGUCCAGCAGUCAAGGCUCAGUGUGCGCAACAGGCUGCAAACCACAUCCUGAACCACGCACCCUGACUGAGGUGAUGGAGCGAAGCCUCCUCUCCUUACUGCUCAUCCCACUCCUAGCUCUUGUAUUCCUGCUUGUUUGGAAGGUCAGAUCACGGAGGAACGAGGCCGAUCUUCAACAGAAUCCUGGAGAACGUGGAUCCUUCACAGGAACAGAAGCGACUGCACCCCCACUAGAUGCUGAAAUAUCAGAAAAAAACAAGUUGAACGUCAUUGCAAUAGUGUAACGCUUCUACCCUUAGAUGUUCCUCAGCGUGAUUGGGCUCUACUCUUUUCUCCUCUUGGUGUCCAGGUGAUGAAUAACAAACAUGAAGCUGUGUUCCAUAGUGAGAUCGUAAAGGUAAAUGGCCUGUUUUUGACUGCUCUCUGGAUUCCUCUGGGUAAACCACGCCUGCUACCGUAUGGAUAAGCUUGCCUUUCUUGUAAGACUGCAUUAAUCCCAUGCUUUUGAAAAAGACAGACAUUUUAGCAGAGAGAAACCCCUGUAUCACACCCCCAAUGGAUUCUCUCGCUCCCUCAAGUCCUCCAUCAGAACCUGCUGCAUCAUGAACUAUUGGAGGGUAAACUCCCCCCCCUCAGCAUGUUGCUACAGUCUGGCUGUGUUUCUUGGAUCCAUCAGUUCAUCUUCAAACAGCAAAGCAGAGAGUGACACUGACACUGGUAUCUUUUGUAUGAACGGAGGCGUGAAUUACUACCUCUGGUGACCCUCAUGUUAACCACAUCUUCAACAGCUCUGCAGUCUCAUCUUAGUCCAGGGUUUUCCUAUAGAAUAUAAUGUCAAACAUUGUAGUGCCAAGGUGUAGUCACAUUGUCUGGUUCAGGCUUGUACCCACGGGGGUGUGUGAUGUAUUUAUUUAUUGGUGGCAGCACAGAGCUACUGCUGUUGAUACAACUGAAAUGUUUCAAGCAAUCAUUUAAGAGCACCUCUACUAAUGGGUCACAUUUAAAGAACAAUCUACAGUAUAUACUAACACAUCAUAAACCCCAAAAACACAUUUCCUGAACAAGUUACAUUUCUUCAUAUGAUGAUGAUGUUAUUGAUGAUGUUGUUGUUGACAGUAUAUAUGGCUUGGGUGAUUUGGGUUCUGUGAAUGGAAUACAUGGAAAACAAAAAACACACACACACACACACACACACACA